AUGGAUACAGAGACAGAAGCUGAGAAGCAAGAGAGGCAUAAUAACUAUCUUAACGAACUAGCGGAGCAAGAUCGAUGGCUUCCGAUUAACAACGUCGCAAGACUAAUGAAAAACACGUUGCCAGCGACCACAAAGGUAUCUAAAGAUGCGAAGGAAUGUAUGCAAGAGUGCGUAAGCGAAUUCAUAUCGUUUGUCACUAGCGAGGCCUGUGAUAGAUGUACCAGUGGGAAGCGUAAGACUAUUAACGGUGAAGAUAUUCUUCUAUCGCUACAUGCAUUGGGAUUCGAGAACUAUGCCGAAGUGCUCAAGAUUUACCUAGCAAAAUACAGACAACAACAGGCAAUAAAGAAUCAGAUGAUGUACCCUAAGGAGGAUGUGGAAGGUUCAUACACAGAAGAAGAAUCAAGGGCAGAAGACGCAGAUCACGUGACACAGGAAAGGCAGCAACCUCUUCAUCCUGUGCCUUCUUCAGCUUCCACGACGACAAGCACAGAGGUAUCGGCAUCAGAACAUGUACAGUCGUCUUCAAAAAGCACUCAUAAUCCAGCACAAGCUCAACCACGGAUUGUCGUCCAACAGCCACUGGGAUCGCGCCAUUCUACUGCGGAUCACUUGUAA